UAACAAUGUUGAAUCUCAAUGGGCCACCUUCAGUUACUAGAAGACCUAGCAGAAAGUUGAAGAACUUUCGCAAUGGAAAUAAUAAGAGCAUAGCUUGAAAAUUUACAAAAUAGACGAAUAAUGGAGAAUCUGAAUAACAUUAGAGGAACUAGAAUGAAAUCAGGGAUUCGGACUCCUCAUAUGAAUAACACUGCUGCUGAUAUCUCUAAUGGAGACGCCAAUAGAAUCUUUUCAGCCCGCAAUGCAAGGAAGUUGAUCAAGAAUUCUAGAAGGAAUAAUUCAGAUGAUAAGACCCGUGGUCAAGGCAGAGCCAAGGUUUCUAGAAAUAUGAACCAUCCUUACUAUAUUUCUCAAUGGAUUAAGAAUACUAGGAAUGAAGCCUCUAUAAAUCAGAGUAAGGCUCUGAGCCAGAAUAAUAGCCAAUUAGGAGCUAAUUCGCCACAAGAAAGAUCAAAAAUGCUUGAAAAUAGUGAGAAGAGAGGCCUUACUAUUGGAAAUAAAUUAAUUCUUAAGAAUUUUGAUAAUGAGGGCAGCCAUGGCAAAAGAAGUCCCAUGAACAGUCAUGUUGGAAGGAACUAUAGAGACCCAUCUUUGACGAAAGAUUCAGAUACGGAGUUGAAAUCAUUGGUAUCACCUAACUCUUCACUAAUGAGCAAGCUUAAUAAGAGACUGAAGAAUAGGCUUGUUAGUAAGAACUGUAACACUACAGUUGUGUGUUCGCCUACUACUAAAGUAUCAGAUUUGCCUUUUACUUACAAGACUUAUAACACCAAGAAGCAAAUUUGUGAAUUCGAUGAUGACUUUAAAGACUUAAAGGUGGCUGAGAAGGAGUUUAAGAGAAGGGUUGUCUCUCUAAUCAACAUUGAUAAUCUCAACCUUGAGAGUAGAGAGAACCUUAUUUGCAAAAUCAAGAAAAUCUGUGAUACAUUCGAACUCAGGGAUGAGACUUUCUAUACCUCUGUGAUGUUGAAUGACUUUCAAAUGAUGAAUAAUCGAAAAGUAGAUUUUAAACCAAUUUCUCUUGACAAAUUAUUUGAUUUUUCUCAGAUUAGUAACGGAACUUAUAAAUUUGAGAGGUAUACCUCCUUCUUUAAAUGAAUUGCUUGAAUCAUCAUAAGCAUUAAGUUUUGAGAAUAUGAGAAAGACACUCCUUUCAUUCGAGAUAUCAUAGAGUUCUUUGAACUUGAUGGAUUGACACCUAUCUUGAUCCUUAAUGAUGACAAGGGAGAGAGGAAUGAAGACAAGACUAUAAAGGCGUUGCAUAAAUAUAUAUUUGAGCAACAAAUUUACAUUCUUCUAUUAAUCGAUUUUAAAAUCAAUCCUGUAUCCUUAAGGCAUUUCGUCGAUCAUUAUUGACUGGUAUUGCCAAGACCAGAUGACGGAACCUCUGAGAUGGACACUUCAGGGAUUUCGUCACUAUUUGAAUACAAGAAGAACAUGAUGAACGAGGCAUUUGACAAAAAUUAAAGGAAUCAAGAAGAGAGAACAAGCUUCUUUAAUUAAAGAUGUGAAUACUGAGAUCAAGGAGUGAAUUCAUUCGAUUUGUAACUUGAGUCCGCUCUUGCCUGAUUUUUGAUGAUCACAUUUUUCUGAAAUCUCUGUGGCUGCUCUGUGAGUCACUGUCAGUUUCAGCUUCAAAUGUCUAGCAGCUAAAAAUCCUGACAAAAUUAAAUAAAUUUUUGGCAUUGAAGGAUCUCUAUGUAAAAUGGAUAGAGAGCAUUACUGAGAAGUAUAAGAUAAACAAUAAGAGAGUGCAUGAAUACAAUAUUAAAAUGAAAGAGUUCUUGAGGAAAGUUAAUGAUGAAACUUAAAGACACAUCUUUGGCUUUGAAAAAAUGAAGCUUACCUGUCCCUGCUUCUAACAUUUUAUUUCUGUAGGAACAGAUUAUUAAAAGAAAUUAAU